CGGGAUGUUUUGGCGGGCCCACAAGCAUACUUGGCAGCAAGAGAAGCGCUCGAGAGAGAGAGAGAGGAGAAAAACCCCAGCCUUAUUCGGGUGGAGCCCCGUCCCGAGCCUCCUCCAAGUCUGGCACUUGCGAGGAUGAGUGAGAAGCUUGCACUGAUCGCCAAGCUCAGCGAGGCGUUCUCCAAACGUGAACGCACCGCACUGCCGACAAAUGCAUGCAAAAGACUGCGGGAUUGCUGGGAUGGGCGCGGGUGGGGCUGAGGGGACAAGGGGCUUAUCAGCGGAUGCCAAGGUGGGCUGUGCCUGGCUAGGCGGCCACAUGUGAACCCCAUCUUGAGAGAGCGCUGCUGCGCGACGCCCACCCUGCCCCCACGGCAUGUAUUGACCGUCACAUCCAACAUCGCCGACGGAGAGGGAUGGAAGAGGGAGAGAGAGAGAGAGAGAGUGCGGCCUCGGCAGGUUGGGGCAUGCAUACUGCAGUGCCCAGCUCAAACGGUGGGUCGUGGAAACGCUCGGCUCAAGCAAGGUGCAGUCACGCGGUACAGGCAAUGAGCAUGCUGACCUUGCAGCUUCCUCUCUUGCGGGAUCGAGGCUACACCAGGAUCCACGAGUGCUCGACGCCCAGAAGAUUAUACAAGUGACGCCUCCCAGCGGCCCAGCGAGGCCCACGCCGAGGCCGGGCGAAGCGGGGGCCGCGCGAAGCAGGGCGGCGGUGCUCCUGGCCCAAGGCAGGGAGAGCGUCGAGGGGCCAAGCAAGCAAGCAAGGAGAGCGUCGAGGGGCCAAAAGCACACAAAUGAAAGGGACACGGAAGAAGAGGAGGGGGAGGAGGAGGAUGGGGGCGGGCACGAGCGAGUGCUGGGCCAACUUCGAACCCCCAUCCGGAUCUUGUGGCACCCAUGAACAGCGAGAUAUCCAUACCGUUUGGCACAUGUUGGGAAAAUCAGCGUCCUUCUUCUGGCAUCCGCUCGUGCAUAGGCAGAUUGGGAGACUUUUUUAAAUACGCCAGCUAAUAAACAGGAAGGAACAAGCACGCAGUGAUGGUUGAAAGAUCUGGCGUCAGAAAAAGCAAGCCUGGCACCGUGCUAGUGCAAUGCAAUCCUGGGGAGACCGCACUACUUCUCACCCUCCUCGGUUACGUAGAACGAUGAUGCAAGAAGAUAAAGCUUGUGCGCGUUUCUCAACGGUCUCUAAGUAGACCAGAUGGCGCUGGGCACGGCUGAUCGGCUCAUCGCACGGAUAAUCCGCGUCUUCGAUAACAAAGCUGACUUUAUAUAGAUGGAUCAACAGUCAUCGAAUUCAGCAAGGGCACAGAAGACUCCCCGUCCCAUCUCCUCCCCAUCCGCACGCUCCUGACUCUGUUCCUGCUCGGGGUACUGCUGCUGCUCCGUCCUCAUGCUGGACACCCCUCCGCCGACGGGUUGAGCUGUCGGGCCCGUAGCCUGCUACACAGUUGGACUCGCAUGCUGCGCGCCGACUGGGUUCAAAUGGACGUGGGCCAGGACUGUCUGAGCCUGUCUGAAGAACGUGUGCAUGUGCGAUGCCAGUAUGGCUGCCAGGAGCAGAAGCGCCAUGCAGAAGUCGAGCGCGGAGAGCACCAGGACCUGCUCCGUCUGAGUCCCGAUCCAGCCCACCAGCCUCAAGCUGCGCGUGGUCGGGUACAGGGUCCACAACACCAGCUUUGCUCGCAGCAGGGGUCGAGCGAGGAACUCGAAGCCCUUGCGCAGCUGCAGCUCGACGGCGAGCAAGAUCAUCGCUAAGGACGCCACCGACGCCACGGCGAACAGGCUGGUCCAGAAGAACAGGUUGGAGGCUGCCAGCAUGAGGGCUCCCGCCAAUUGUGCCACGAUCGCAAAGGCCACCAUCCGUCUCAUCUUGCCAGGAGCGACUUCACAGCAGGCCUGCGCGAACGAGCGCCACUGCAUGGGGGUGCUGAUGGGGAGCAAAACGUGUACACACACCCCACCCCCCUGGCAGGAAUGAGCGGGAAGGGAACAGAGACGGGGGCGAGCAGGCAGACUCGAAGAAUGCUGCGCUUGUAUUGGUUAUUCGCUUCCGAAUCUGGUGGGUGCAAGUCGCACAAGAGGGAGCAUAUGUGCUGCAACAGCGCUCCCUCGUCCACAAUGGAUUCUUGACGCAGCCUUUCGGUGAGACAGGCGGCGGUGAGCAGGGGUAGGGAGCUGAAUGCAGGGAUAUUCGGCAUGUGUACAAUGCUGGUUGCUCCCCGGCUGAACAACCAGACGAGGUUUCGAAGCCCAACAUGUGGCACGCCAGUGACCUGUGGCACCACAAGCAACAGAAGUUCGCCACAGCCGUGCGCGAUGUACAGGUACUCCAAGAAGUAUAUUAAGCAAAUUACAAAACACAUCUUGGCUGCAGCACGAGUGCACACGGGCCACUCUGGAUCACGGCCUGCGAUGUUUGGGGCAUUGGCACUCAGCCUCACCAUGAACACGACCAGCCCGCCCGACAAGACAGUGAGCACGCCGAGCGCCGUGGACGCAAACAAAAACGGCAGCCUCUCCUGGCAUAUCGCCUCCCACGCUUCUGUCGGAGCAGGGACGCUUCGCCACUGCUUGAGCCUGGGAUCCCCAGGCGGGCCCGGCGGGCGGCGCCGCGGCCAGCGCAGCGGCCCCCGCGGCAGCCAGCGCAGCGGCGAGCACGCCGGCCACCGCUGCCGCUCCCAGUGACCGCACGCCUCGGCCCGCGCGGGCCCCGGCGGUGCGCGGGGCGCCCGGCGGCAUGCGGGCCGCCUCCGACGGAGAGGCCGCCCCUCCCAGCCCGUGGCAGUGGCUGAGCUUGCCGUAAGCGCCUGGAGAGAGUCUUACGAGGUCGGGCCGCGCCGGGUGGCGCACGGGGGUGCGAUGCCGCCGAGGCUGCGGGCCUCUCGAGCCA